CUCCCUUAACGGAUCCUGACGUAAUGACAAUGGCCGCACUUGACGUCGUUAAUCCCCGUAGUAUAUGAGGAGCGGCUUGAGCGGUUGCGAGAAGCACAACGCAGCAUUUGCACCUCAUUCUCGAUCAUAUUCUCAACACUUUAUCCCAGUUGCACCACCAUGGCUCCCCGUGUCUUCCUCAUAACUGGAUGCUCUACUGGCUUUGGCGAGGAGUUCGUCAAGGUCGUUUUGCAAAAGGGUGACUAUGUUGUCGCAACUGCACGCAACUCUUCCAAACUAUCCUUCGAUGGUGCCAACGACUCCAACAGUCUGCUCGUGGACCUCGAUGUAACAAAGAGAGAAUCUAUCGAUAAUGCCUUCGACGCAGCUAUUAAGAAAUUCGGAAAAAUCGACGUCGUUUGCAACAAUGCCGGAUAUGGUCUCAAUGGGCCUUUUGAAACGUUAUCGGAAAAGCAAAUCAGACAGCAGAUGGAGAUCAACUUUUUCGGUCUCAUCGAUGUCACAAGGAAGGCCAUGGAGACUAUGCGCGACAGGAAGACCGGAGGUGUCAUCCAGCAAGUAACAUCUAUUGGUGGUCAGAUUGGCGUGCCUAAUUUCUCCAUCUACUGUGCCAGCAAAUGGGCAGUCGAAGGAUUCACGGAGGCAAUCUCCAAAGAAGUGAAGCCUGAGUGGGGAAUAAAAUUCACUUGCAUCGAACCCGGUGGUUUCCGAACCGACUGGUCAGGUCGUAGUAUGGACUUUGGAGAGAUUUCAAACCCGGCAUACGCGGACGUCGACCCAAAGAAGCAGGCUCAAGGGCGCCAUGGCUCCCAAGCAGGAGAUCCCGCCAAGGCUGCCAAGGUCUUCUACGAUCUAGCAGUCAUGGACGAUCCGCCUAUGCGGUGCGUAGUCGGCACCGACGCGUACAGUCUCAUCAACAAGAAGCUGGAUACGUACAAUGAAAGCGUCAAGAAGUUCGACAAAUGGAGUAACAGCACCGACGUCGAAGGUUACAAGACGCCCAAUUAGUUUUUGGCAAGCAACAGGCAAGAUGGGAGAGAAACUCCGAAAGAAGCAGGUAGACAAACGUGUGGUUCUCGUGCGGAGCCUUUGCACGACCUUCGCCGUAUAAUGAGAUUUGUCACAGUCAACUUCACCGCGUUCGCAAAUCUCUGCGGUGGCCUUCAACUUCAUCACCGAUAUCAUUGUUUCCGACGCA